AUGGACAACCACCAAGCCGCGGAUGACGCCUCGACUAAGGCCAACCACACGCUAUCUGAGAUGGAACUUGAGGCAGCAGUCAUCUUGGUUGAGCUGUCAUCGAGCACGGGAAUUUCCGUGCGCUUUGAGGACGAGUUAGAAGCCGCCGAAGGCUUAGUGGAGUUGCAGAUGGGUAUCCCGCAGGAAGUGUUUUCACUGAAUGAAUUCGUCCCUACGACUUUCAAUCCUACCGCAGACGAGAAUGCUUCCACGGAGACGGAGACUAAGGAUCAAAAGUAUCCGUCCCAGGACAUUUCGGCGAAUGAUGCGGCAGUCCUCCACUUCCUCGAGCGUCUGGAAGGUGAUGAGAACAAUCAGAUCGCAUCUGGCCUCCUAGCAGCGUAUGGACUGACGGCGGUAAGCACCGCAUUCCUGAUGGUGACGACCAUCGAGCCCAACCUCGUGCAACAGGGCGAGAUCAUCACCAAGAUGGCGACGCUCCUCAAGGAGGUGGAGGACGUGUAUACCAGUGUGCUCAACAGUGAGAUGCCCUUGGUGUUGCUAGCCGUGCUGAGAAAGAAAUGUCUUAAAGUAUAUUCUGGUAGAUAUAGGAGGCUUCUCCUAUUCGUAUUAAUCACACGGUGCAAUUUCACCAAUCGUACUUACACAGCCACUGGGCUAGAACACGAAGGUCUUCGGAUAUACCCAAUGCAAAUGCCAUAG